AUGGCAGAGCCACGAUUCAACUUCGAAGACUACAUUGUAAACAAGCUUGGGCUGCGUGAAGAAUGCGAAAUAUAUUGCAUGCCGUACCAGACAAACUCUUGCAAAGACAGGAAUUGCCCGAGGCAGCACGUGAAGCUUAGCAGUGCUGUUGUAUGCAAGCACUGGCUACGUGGACUUUGCAAAAAGGGAAUAAAAUGUGAAUUCAUGCACGAGUACGAUCUUUCCAAGAUGCCCGAGUGCUAUUUCUUCAGCAGCUAUGGCGAAUGCAUGAAUCCAGAAUGCAACUACAUCCACAUAGAUCCAAACAGCCAAUCUAAAGAAUGCGCUUGGUAUAACCGUGGCUUCUGCAGGAAUGGCGCAUCAUGUAAAAAUAAACACAUACGGAAAAAACUGUGCUACAAUUACUUUCUCGGAUUCUGUCCAAAAGGUCCAGAUUGCGAUUACGGGCAUCCAAAGUCAAACACGAAUCCCAUGAAAGAAAUAUCGCACAGCGACAUCAUCCAGAAACCAUCAAACCUUGCUGCCUCAUAA